AGACAGCUCCAGACAUACAUAGAGCCCAACUGCUGCCCUGGGUCUCCGAUGAGCAACACUAUCAUCUGAGGAGGAUCAUGGAAUAAACAUGGCCCACAACCGCAGCUUUUUCUUCGAAGCCCUGGAUAGAUCAGACACCAGGCGAGAUGGAGGGUACAAGCACAACUGGAGCUUUUCUCUUUCUGGUGACAGUGAAGAGGAAAGGAGUCAUGAUGCAAGCGUGGUGAGCGUGGAGGAGAUGGACAGGGAGCAGCCGACCUCCCCCGAGGAGAAAAAGUCUCCCACUCUUAGGCACUUCACUUCCUCUGACCCUUUGAGAACGUAUGAAAACCGGCCAAAUAAUCACAUGAGGCCUCUAAGCAAGCUGGCGCCCAAAAGGCUCAGCGAGGUCCCUCUCACAGUAGCAACGUCCUCCCCCAUGCCCAACAGAACCAACUAUUUUAUCAUCAGUCCCGCACCUUCACAAGGAAUCGUUUUACAAGGGCGACACUUUCAGCACGCACAAAUGCCCUCUGCAAUAAGGAAACCAGUCCAAAGAAACGAAUUCUCCACCACGCAGCAAGCUGUAGAAGUGGACAGCAUCGUCCUCACCUGUCCAGAGAUCUCAGAAGGGGAGACCCUGAACAUAAAGCGUCGUGUCCAGCAGAAGAGGAAACCUCUGGAGGACUGCUGUACUUUUCCUUCACAGGUCAAAGCAGCAGAGCCUCUCCGGACGACUGUCUACCAGAUGGUGUGUGUGAAGUGCAACAAGCCGAGCGAAGACAGCACCAAGUGUCACAACUGUGGGAGCGGUCCGGCGCUGCUGCCCUGUCAGCAGGCCACUCUGUCAUCACCGACUCCUCGACCCCCCAUUCGAUCCCAACCCUCCCCGGGACCAAACAACCUGCAACAGAACUUCUACAAACCGGCUACGACCAUAAGGGGGCCCCGCGGAGAGACUCUGCCCAUACGCAUCACGAGCACCAGGGGCACCCUGGCGCCUCUGAGCAACGGCAGGUCCCCACUGUUAGCCGGGACAUCGAGCUGCUGCGGAGCCAGGAACGCGCCCAAAGGGAAGAGGACAGCGGCCCAGCACGAGCUCAACGACCCCAUCGUCCUGUCCAGUGAUGAUGAGGAGGAGGCCGACAACGCCAGCACCGGAAGCGUCAACAGACUGGACAGCGUCUCACCUCGACCCGCAGACUCUGCUCACUCCUCACCGGCGCCCUCUGGAGGCAGAGUGGAGGCUGCGGUGAAGAGCGCCGGAGAGCAGGAGGAGCCCAACACUGAAUUCUUUGAAGAUGUCAACAUGAAGAUCACAAUACCACGGAGAGCCCGGAUGAAAGAUCAGUUCGGGAAUCAACCUCCGGAGCAGUUCUCACCGAGGACAAAGAAGCCCAAAAUCAUGUCUAACAAGUGUGACAGUAUUAUACUGGAGUGUCGGAGCGUGAGGGUAGGAACUCUGCGCAGGAUGGUGACAAAGCCCGUCGUUUUUUCCAUCGACCACAUCCAGCUGGAAACUGAAGGCCCGGAGCGCAACACUGUAGAGAAGGUUUGUCUUCAGGCUUCAGAGCUGAUCAGCUGCGAGUGGUGCAACGUCCGGAAACUUCCGGUCUUGUUCUUCCAGACGACUCCGGAUGAGUGCGUCCGCCUGCGCACACAGCUCAACAUGUCCCAGGAGAAGGGAGCCCAGUGGUACGACUGCGCCGGGGACCAGUCGGAUGAGAAGUUCAUUGUCUUGAUCUUCGAGAACGGCCUGGCGAUGAAGGAGCAGAUGAUCCUGGAGGACAUCCUGGGGGAGAUCGGCAGGACCAACAACCUCAGCAACUUCCCCACCAAGCUGUCCUUCGAGGAGGCCAACAUCCGACUGGUCAACUACAACAAGGCCUCCAAAGAGAAGGAGGAGAAGGAGAAGCCGAUACAAACCCCACCCAAAAUCACCCAAGGCUCCACGGUUACCAAGGUCACUCAGGUCACGCAGGUCACCCCGGUGACCCCGGUCAGUAUGCCCGUACGCACACGGAUGGCCACCCGUCAACACACCAGCACCUACUAUGAAGAUGAGGAUGAGGACAUGACUGACCUCCAGCCUACCUUCUCUGGACCAGUCAUCAAGUUAAUGGUGUACCCUCCUCCUCCAGCCAAAGGUGGCAUAUCAGUCACUAAUGAAGACCUCCACUGCCUUAAUGAUGGAGAAUUCCUAAACGACGUUAUUAUAGACUUUUAUUUAAAAUAUUUAGUUUUAGAGAAAUUGAAAAAAGAGGAUGCACAAAGAAUCCACGUGUUCAGCUCCUUCUUCUAUAAGAGACUAAACCAGAGAGAGAGGAGGAAUGCUCCAGACACAACAAACCUGCCAAUCCAGAAAAGGAAGCACAACAGGGUGAAGACAUGGACUCGGCACGUGGAUCUGUUCCAGAAGGAUUUUAUUUUUGUUCCCAUCAACGAGUCAGCUCACUGGUACCUGGCAGUCAUCUGCUUCCCAGGCCUCAAGGGUCCGGUGUACGAGCAGAACCCGUUGUACCAAGGCAAUGCGCCUGGUCCAGUCUCCGCCUCGGCUGCAGACGCCCCGUCAGAGGAGAACAUCCCGGACCAUUGUCGUCCUCUGUCCCCAGACAGAGACGGGCUGGAUAGCUCCUCAGAGAACCCGUCCCCCGACGUCCCUGAGGCGCACGCUGAAGGUCAGACUGAAGGUGAAACCGCCAAGGAGCAUGCAGCUUUCACAGAGGGGGGAACAGAGCCUGCCAGCACCCCUGCAGCGUCAGGCAACGGCCAGGCUGACGUAGAGCAACAGUACACAAGUGAGUUGCAAAGAAUCAGUGUUUGCUACGGUUCAGGAAAAGGAGACGACGACACCUACACCUUCUCUGAUGACCAAAGCUCUUGUCAGGACGAGUGCAGUGAGGAUGGGACUCUGGCUGACGACACACUCAGCUCCGACGCCUCCGGUUUGGCCUCCAGACUAAACCUCUGCAGACAGCCUUGUAUCCUCAUCAUGGACUCACUGCGUGGUCCGGCCAGGUCGACCGUGGUGAAAACUCUGAGAGAGUACCUAGAGGUGGAGUGGGAGGUGCGUAAAGGGACUCAGAGGAGUUUUGGGAAGGAUGUGAUGAAGGGCUCCAGCCCACGUGUGCCUCAGCAGGAUAACUUCAGCGACUGCGGAGUUUACGUCCUGCAGUAUGUGGAGAGCUUCUUCGAGAAUCCAAUUCCCAGCUUUCAUCUGCCUGUGAACUUAUCCGAGUGGUUUCCUCAGCAACGUAUGAAGACGAAGCGCGAGGAGAUCAAGGAGCUGAUCCUGAAGAUCCAAGAGCAACAAGAACUGGACAAGAAGGAGCCGGAGCAGGUCGAGGCUUCGCCCAGCUCUCCUGGGGAGCCUGAGAUUGAAGAGACUUCUGGCUCGACGGAUCGACCGUUGAACCUACCCAUUAGCCCCUGAGAGGAGUUCACCCUCCUCCUCCCUCUCUUCCUCCUCCUCCUCCUCCCCUCCCCGCCACUCCCAGGCCCAGCGGGGGGGCCGAACCUGAUUGUACGCUGCUGGUCUCACUUCAACGUGUCUGAAAUGGUCCUUAACUCCCUCCAUUAACCACAGACAUUAAACACACCUUUAAAUUUGUAUUAAAUAAAACAUGAACUGUAAA